UCUUCCAUUGCCAUUAUUCAAUGGACCUAAGUUAUUUUCAAGCCAAAUGAUGAAAGAUUUGAACUUUACUCUCUUUUUAUCUAUAUUAUAUUUAAUUUUUAAUUUUUGGGUGUGUGUGAAAGAUUGAAAAUGAGGAUAAUGUAUUAAAUAGGGCUCUUACCUUAUAUUAUCUCUACAAUACAAAGAUAGCUAAACAAGAGAAAAAACCUCUUUAUAAAAGCUCCCUUAAAAUUUAUUUUCCUCAAAGGUUUUAAAUAAAGUAUUGCAUGUAAACCAUAUUCCUAGACAAGCAAAGAGUAAGUAUAAUCUUCAACAAUGGAUUCAUGGAAGAGUAAUCUCACUUCUUUCGCGCUCAUGGUGCUCAUUCAUCUUCCAUUGGCUUGUUGUUCAUCCCUGAAAGAAGCAAUGCCCGUUUCCAGUCACUUGGAAGAUAAUAGUCAUAAUCAAUUACUAAGCCCCAAGAUGACAUUUGAAGUAACACUUCAUGGACUUCUUUUAUGGGCAUCCUUAGGAUUUCUUAUGCCUCUUGGGAUAUUAAUUAUCAGACUGUCCAAUAGAGAAGAAAGUGGAACAAGACUCAAACUUUAUUUUUACUUCCAUCUCACUGUACAGAUACUCUCAUUGUCCAUUGCCACUGCUGGAGCUAUUAAGUCGAUCAAAACCUUUGAGAAUUCUUUCAAUAACAGCCAUCAGAGAAUUGGUCUAGCACUUUAUAUCGCUAUUUGGGUUCAAGCCGCGAUUGGAUUUUGUAGACCGCAUAGAGGAACCAAAAAAAGGAGUUUGUGGUACUUCUUUCAUUGGAUAUUUGGCACAAUUACUUGCAUAGUGGGAAUUCUCAACAUUUACACAGGCUUAGAAGCUUACAAGAAACGAACCAAAAGAAGUGUGACUCUUUGGACAUUUUUAUUCACAAUUGAAAUUUCUUCAAUGGCUUUCUUCUAUCUUUUCCAAGACAAAUGGGAUUACAUGCAAAAACAAAGUGUUUCUUUAAGAGAAGGAGGACAAGUAAGACCUUCAGAUGAUCAAGAGAGCUCUAUAAGGGAUGAUAAUGAUAAUAAAAAUUUGUGGAGGGAGCCCUGCUCAAAAGUUAAUGCACUCAAAAAUUUGUUCAACUAGAAUGACAUAAAAUUAUAUAUAUAUUUUUUCUUACUAACAAUUGUUUUAUGAUUUUCUCUCUUUAUAAGUUGCUAUUUUUAUUUACAAUUUUGGAUGGUUGCAAAUUUGCAAUGCUAUGAAAAGUUUUUUUUUUUUUUUGGCAAAAGAUUGUGAUGGUUGUAUUUGUAAAUAUGAUUUCAGUUUUAUAAUUCAA